AUGUACAUGGUCAUUGUGCUGGGAAAUUUGGGACUGAUAAUGAUAAUUGCACUGAAUUCACACGUACACACUCCCAUGUACUUUUUCCUCUUUAACUUUUCCUUCAUAGACCUCUUCUAUUCUUCUGUAUAUGCACCCAACAUGCUGAUUAACUUUAUAUCAAAGAAGAAUAUCAUUUCUUAUAUGGGAUGCAAGACUCAGCUCUACUCUUUCAGUUUUUUCAUCAUUACUGAAUGCUAUCUGCUGACAUCAAUGGCCUAUGACUGCUAUGUGGCCAUCUGUAAACCACUCUUGUAUAAUGUUGUCAUGUCCCCUAAAGUGUGUUCCAGCCUUAUGCUUGUUUCCUACUUGAUGGCAUUUUCUGGUGUCAUGGUUCACACUGCAUGCAUGCUGAGACUGGCCUUCUGUGAUACAAACAACAUCAACCAUUAUUUCUGUGAUGUCUUUCCUCUGCUCAAGCUCUCCUGCACAGGUAGCCACAUCAGUGAGCUGGUAGUUUUCAUUGUGGUGGGCAUCGACAUCAUUGUGCCCAGUCCCACCAUCUUAGUCUCUUAUGAUCUCAUCCUCACUGACAUCUUCCACAUCAGCUCCAUAGAAGGCAGCUCCAAAACCUUCAGUACCUGCUAUCCCCACAUCAUUGCUGUUUUUCUCUUCUUUGGAUCAUGUACAUUUAUGUAUCUCAAACCUUCAUCUACUGGGCCUAUGGAUGAAAGAAGUCUCUUCUGUCUUUUAUAG